AUAAAGCAAAAGCUCAUUCCCACCAUUUCCCUUUUUAUCUAAAACAACAAAAAGAGAAAAACUGACAGAACAAAAAAAAGCAGCCAUUAAUCUCCAUCCAUUCUAUUCAAGAAACUGAUUUUUCCUUUCACUCAUUUCCCAAAAGCUUGAAUUUUCCGAUCUGGGUAGGGUCGAUGGCAGAAUUGGACAGUAGCAGCACCAGCUCAUCAUCGGGGUCCACGUUCUUCAAUCGCUCCUUCACGAUGCACGCAAAUACAGCUGAACCCGAUGCCCCCAAAGUUCAUCUUCUUCUCAACAACCCAUCGUCUCUUAAUCGAGCAGCUUCCAUUUCCAAAAUUUACAAUUCAAUCGAUUCAGUCAAAGGUAAAGUCAAAAAGCUUUGCAAUUUAUUCGAGUCCGCGAAAUCUUCAUCAACCAGUACAGAACUUUCCCCUAAAGUUGUUUUAAGACCCGCGAAAUCAAUCGGGUAUUCAUCAUCGUUUUCUUCGAGUUUUAAUAACCCAUUGAUAAGAUUACCCGGAACUGAAGAUCGGAUCGUUGUCUAUUUAACUAGUUUACGAGGGAUUAGAAGGACUUACGAAGAUUGUUAUGCUGUUAGGAUGAUAUUUAGAGGAUUUAGAGUUUGGGUUGAUGAAAGGGAUGUUUCCAUGGAUUCAGCUUAUAAGAAAGAGUUGCAAAGCGUUUUGAGAAAGAAGAACCCGAGUUUGCCUCAGGUUUUUAUAAAGGGAAAGUAUGUUGGUGGUGCUGAUGUGAUUAAAAGCAUGUUUGAAGUUGGGGAAUUGGCUAAGAUUCUUGAGGAUUUUCCAAGGAUACAACAGCCUGGGCUUGUUUGUGAUUGUUGUGGGGAUGUCAGGUUUGUGCCUUGUGGGAAUUGUAGUGGGAGUCGAAAAGUGUUCGACGAAGACGAAGGGUUGCUUAAGAGAUGCUUGGAAUGCAAUGAAAACGGCUUGAUCCGGUGCCCCAAUUGCUGUUCUUAACACUUUGAUUGCUGCUGCCUGCAGGAUGUUAAGGUAUAUAUACAUAAUGAGCUUGGUUUUUUUUUUCGAUUGUCGAGGUAUAUGAAUGAUGGUCUGAUGUGUUUUGUAUGAACCAUUUCAUUAGCAUUCUGAUGAUCGUUUGUUGACGACGAUAUUAGUGUCAUCAUGUAAUCGAAAUGCCGUAUUUGGUUUGGCAUUCGAAUUGUGAAGGAGAUCGUUUAGUUCUCCUAUUCUAGAUGUUGCUGUAAAUAUUUAUUUAGUGCUAUCUUAAUGUAAUGCACUUGGGUGUGUUGCAAGUGAGAGAUUGUGAGAAUAGACUAAAAUUUAUGCUUAUAGACUUAUGGUCCUGAAUUCACUUUGUAAUCGAAGAAACUUCAGUGCCAAUAUAUUAAAAUUCAUUCCUUGGUACCCA